GACCAAGGCGUGGAGUUGAAACCGUUAACCAAACUGUCCGAAGUAUUCACGGAUGGACUAGAGCGCGGAUGUGUUCACGUCAUCAUACAACACAUUCCAGCUGUUGAUCGACAACUCACUUAUCUCAAGAAGAGCGCAGGUACUCCGGCAGCUGGCACAAUACCAUCCGCAUUCUCUAUAAAGCAGGACAAGCAAGAGUACCUUUGCAAUCGUCCUCGCAGAGCUGCGGACCCUGUUCCAAUUACUCUUCUCAAACCUAUCUUCGCCAAGUUUGUGGAUGAUUGUCAAAAUCAUCAACCAACUGUCUGUGAUAACGACUUUGUUUGGCAACUUUCGCAAAUUACAUGCACGCAGUAG